AUCAAUAUAGGUUUUUUAUUUGUGCUGGAUAUAAACAAUUAAAAAUGUAAACAAAACUAUCAAUGCACAGUGAGUUUUUAGUUGUCAAAAUAAACUUAGACAGAGUUGUUGUGAGAUAAAAAAUAAGUAUGGCAUCACUUUUUUUAACACACCAGAAAUAUACCGUUAUUGUACAUUCCUUAACAUUUCAACGUUAAAUUUUCUGUUUUUUUUUUUAAUAAAAAUCUUUAAAAUAUGAGUUAUUUACAGGCAAUUUUCGAAUUUAUAAAAAAUUUCUGCGAUGAGGAUGAUGAGUUUAAGAAAAUGUGUCAGGAAAUUGAGCAAUUAAAUCGAGAAAAUCUUAAACUUGAAAGGGAUAUAGAAGAAUGUGACCGAGAAUAUGUACGUUUACAAAUCGAACAGCAUAAUCUGCAAACCGUUACUUCCGGCCAUCUGGCUGUAGAAAAUUGCGAUCAAAUGUCUAUGGGCAUUUUUCAACAAAUCCUUGAAUUGAAUAGUCUUUUAAAGCAAAUAGACUUUGGCAAAAUUGUAAAAUGUCAUCAUAUGGAAAUGGAGACGAAAUUUCUAAAAGAAUCGCAACCCAUACAGGAAGCAAUGUCACACACCCAAGAAUGGUAUGAGAAAAUGGAACAAAGGUCUAUUGUUAGGAAGUACCGUCAAGUUGCUAUUGCCAAUCGUGAAGCUGAGGAGAAGGCGCAAAAAGAACUAGAUGCUAUGCGGAUAUCUGGCAAAGAAAGUAUGGACAAGUUAUUGCAGGCUAAGGAUAAGAGAAAUGCAUUAAUUGUUGCAAUAAUACAAGAAGCCAAAGAAAUAGAAGCCUUUAAAGAAAAGUUGGAUAAAUUAAAUAAAUAUAAAGCUUACAUAGAAGGCUUGAGACAAGAAAAGUUAUUGUUGCUUAAGCAGCUGGAUGAUAAGCAACUAAAGUCCUUUAAUCCCAAUAUAACUUUCACUUCAAACUCUCGUCCAUCGAACAUUUGCCCGGAAUCUUCAAACAAUAUUGAAGUGCCAAAAUUGAUUGUACCCAAUUUGCCUUCAUUGGAAGAAAUUUUAAUGAUUUUUAAUCAGCCGGAAGAAAAUAAAACUACUUUGAAAAAACCUAUUUUACACAAUACAACUUACGAUCAAUCGACCUCUAAUAAACAAAAUAAAAAUGUAAGUUUUAAAAUGCCACUAGAAGAAUUUCAUGAGUAUCCUCAACAAGAAAUGGAAACUGAGCUAGAAACAGAAACUGAACCCGAGACUGAAACCGAAUCGGAAUAUGAAGAAUUAAAACAACAGGUCGUAGUGGAAAUAACUACAGAAAAGGAAGAAAAUUUACAAGAAAUAAACGAAAUUGAAACCAUAGACUUAUUGACACCGACAGAAAAGGAAAGUGCUCAGAUAAACGAGUCGUUGAAAACUGUGACUGAUAAAGAAAAGCCCUUAAUAGAAAUACAAGAAUGUAUUGUGUUUAAAGCUCCAUUUCCAAUGCAGCAAGUUACAGCAAUACAAGAUUCGUUAACUGUUUCAGAGAUAACAAUGAGCAGCAAUUCGAAACAAACAUCAAAUGACAAGGUACAUAUCUUAGAUGAUACCCCCAGUAGUUCUAAACAGUCGGGAAAUUCCUCCGCUUCACUCUCAUCGAAUGCUCAAAUUAAAGACAUAUUAAAUACAACGAAAAUGAUAUUAAACGAUGAAUUAACUUCUUCAUCUGCUGAGGUUUCACCAAGGAAGUCAUCAUUGAAUAAAAAAUCAUAUUUAAAGGAUGAUUUCGAAGCCUUUUUCAGGGAUAACGAAGACGAAUUUUGGACAUCAAAUGAAACACCAAAAGCUAAAGCAACUAAUGAGACAGCAGACUUUUUAGAUUUUGGUCCCAGUAAAGGAUUUACAUUUGAUUCGGAUGAUAAUACAGCGGAUAAUGUUGAAAUUAUGGAUUUUAUGUGAAAGUGGAAGGAAAAUUUUAAUUUUAGAAUUAUUUUUUGUAAAGUAUUAGUAGUUUAAGGGAAUUGUUAAGAAAAUAAUGAAAUAAAAGUUGGA